AUGGAUGACAAUGUCGUACCUUAACAAAUUAUAAAACUAUUAAUUGAUAAAAGCUAGGAUAAGAAACAAUUAGGAUGCUAAUAAUUAAAAUAAUUAGUUCAAUCUUAUGCUUAAAGCGGAAAAGAGUUGCUAAUCAAAUAAAUUAUAGAGACAUUCAAAAUUAAAUUUACGUCUUCUUCAUAAUUAUACCUAAAGAGAUAAGGAAUGUUUGCACUUCAGACUGUAGCAGAAAUUCUAGUGAAAGAAGUAAUAGAAAUUUUAUAUAUAGUAUCCACAAUUAGCAGAGAGAUGUGUAAAAGACUUAACCUAACCAAUUUUAGAAUGCUUAAAUGAUAAAGAAGAUAAGGCUAGAUAAUAUGCUGUUGAAUGUUUGCUGUAAUUGACAAAGAUUAUGAAAACUAUGAUCCUUCUUAAUUUUAAUGAAAUAUUUGAUUAUCAAUUGGGAAGAUCAGCAGAAUAUGAUAAUUAAAUAGUUUAAGCCAUGUUCUUAUUAGAUCAAUAAUUAAAGAAUCAAGUAUAAAUAGCAGUUCAAGAGAAAUUUUUAGAUCCAGGAAAACUGUGCUAUUUUAACUUAAACUCUUUUAUGAUUUAGUUAUAAAGCAAAUUGAAGACUAGAGUAACAUAUGUUCGAUAAUUUCUACUUGGAUGGAUAAAAUUCUUAAAUCAAUGUCACAACAAUGAUUUAUAUAUUUAUUUUCCUAUGAUUUUGGAAGGCAUAUUCAUGAUGUUAGGAGAAUCAAACAAGUAAAUUGAAUGAGUAUUAUUAGGGAAGUUCGUAAUGGAGCAGACUUAUAAGCUAAUGAGUUUUUGAAAUAAGUAGAGAUUAAAGUCAAUCUGGAUUAAAGAGUUAAUGAAUAAAUCAUAGAGAUUUUACUUAAAAUUUGUUAAAUGAAAGGAAACCAGAAUAAUUAUGCCAAAUUAAAUUCCUUAUUAUGGAUUUUUGAAUAUUUAAGAGUGUUCUAACAAGAAUUAGAAGAGGAAUAAAAAGGUAAACUUGGGCUAUAGCAUUCCCCAUCUCAUGUAAGAUCAGAAGAAUAUUUAAGAAGCAAUACAUCUCCUAUAUAAAAAAAUUAAAUGCAAUAAUAUUUGGGAGGAUUCGAAUCGCCUAUAAGAAAGACUAUAUUGAACAGCUUAAGUUAAAUUUUGGGCCCAAUCCUAAUUUUACUUUCUCAUGAAGAGGAAGAAAUAAGGAAAGCGGCUUAGAAGACGAAUGAAUUAUUACUUAAGGUUAUGGAGAGGGUAAAAAAUUAAUCAAUAGAGUUUAUAAAUAUUGUACCAACAAUUAAAGAAAUGUUAACUGAUAAAAAAAGCAAUACAGCUGAAUCAGCAUUAAUAUGGAUGAAACACUUAUUAGAAAUUUAUUCUGAGUCCCUUUUUCCAACAAUAGAAGAUAUAUUAACAAAAGUAUUUAUAAUAAGAUUAGCUAGCUUAUUGAUAAAUUGGCUGAUUCGGAAUCUGCUAUAGUCUAAAACAUUAUGGAUGUGCUAGCAAAUAUAUCAAUGCACAGCCAAUAUUUUGAAAUUGUAAUUGACAAAAUAUUAAUUAUGCUCCAUAAAAUUUAAGAAUAAUCUGAAAAAAAAGGAGACUUAAUAUUCAAAAAGUUAUGUUCACUUCUAAAUCCAUAGAAGGUUUAUUUUACAAUAACAGCUAAAUUAUUAGAAAUAUAUUCAAAUAAUGAUGUAAUUUUCAUAAGCAAUACUGUUCAAAUAUUAACCAACCUGUUAAUAUCAGAAAAAGAGCUAUAAAAUCUAAGAAACAUACUUAGGAAUUUAAAACAUGAAAAAGAUGAAAAACAAAGAUAGCAUAAUUAAGAAAUCUUUGAGACACUUUACAGGACGUUUUGUUACAAUUCAAUGAGUGUGAUUACUCUAAGUUUACUAUCUGAGGAAUACGAGUUAGCUUACAAAAUAAUAAUUAGUUUUUCAGAAGUUGAAGUUAAUGAAUGUAUAUUAUCAGAAAUAGCCCAAUUAAUUAAUGUUUUAGAAACACCAGUGUUUAUUUGUAAUAUAAAUUUAUAUUUAAGUUUUAAGGUUACAAUUAUUAGAAUAUGAUUCUCAUCCUUUUUUAAUGAAGUGUUUGUUCGGCUUAAUGAUGCUUUUACCAUAAGGAUCUGCCUUUAACACCCUUAGGCAAAGACUGAAAAAUGUUUCAAAUACUUAAAUUUAGUCCCUGCAAUAGGAUAAGAAUAUGGAAACAGAAGAAUUUUUGGACAUUUCAAAGCUACUGUCAUAAUUUAGAGAGAUUCGUCUCUAGUGUAUAAACUAAGAAUCAAAAUAAAAAGAUUAACGUUGA